CGCAGAUCAAGCAACCUGGUGCUUUAAACUAGAAACGGAGGAUCUGUGAUUCCGAUGGGAGUGAGAUUGAAAUUUCUGGCGGCUCUUUCAAAGGAAAAUUGUAGAUUGUAUUCAAAUACGUUGAGGAAGAAAGAAGGUGACAAAGAGGAAGACGAAGAAGAAAGUUGUAGAAAGUAAUGGUGUUGUGGGAGUUAGCUCUAGGAACAGCUUACUUCUUGGGGAUUAGGCGGACUUACCGGCUCGCAUUGAAGACCCAGCGUCGGCUUGUUAGCCCUAAGCAUCCAAGGAUUCGAGAUUUUAUGCAUCGGUGAAGUUUCUUUCAUCUUUACGCUUUUCUUUUUGUGGAUUUUGCGAUUUGGUUGUUUCUGAUUUAGGUUUGACUGGAAAUACGUUUCUUUGUAUAUGAAUUGGCCUCUUCAAUUGAUGAAACUGCUUUGUUAUUGAUGUAUCGUUCUGAUUGUUUAUUGUGUUUAGGUUGAUUUCGAUUUUCUACUGUCCAGUUAGUUUUGUUCUGACUCCCGUAUCGCUAUAAAAAUGUGAUUUAAGCAAUGCAAUGCAAUGCAAGUGGUUGGAUUUAAGUAAAAUCAAGAGGAGGACUUAUCAAAUCUUUGAUAUGGCACUUAGGGUCCACAAGAACAUACAACAGAGAGACAUGGUUAUUGGUCGGAAUCUUGGAAACUGGAUUCUCCGGGGGCUUGACCGGAUGAAGCCAUCGGCUCAGGUUCUACUACCAAAGAAUACAGAGCCAAGCAUAGACAAGGCGAAAAGAGUAUUACAAUCAACCCGUCUUAAACCACAUGUUAACACGCAGACUCCUCAGAACCGUGAGGUUGAUAGGAACUUGUUCAUGUCCUUGAGGAACUUUCGGUCCAAAUACCCCAUUGCUUCGAUGAUGAUGAUCAAACCUCCAAGAUCCACGGGAACUACUACUCAGUACAGGCCUUACAGUGUUGGUGAAUCCAGUCUGAUUAAACCAAUUUAUGCUAGAGGCGGGUUCAACAGCGUCAUCAGGAAGGACAUUUUGCAGUGGAUGGUGCAGAAGAGAUAAAGCCGCCAAAAUUCAUCAAAGGCCCUUCUGUUUCUUAGAUUACAACAUACUCAGAAGGAAACACUUGUCUCAACCGUAUCACUUUGUAUGAGUUUUUAAUAACCGGUGGAUUGAUAGGAAAAUCUCCUGGACAACUAAAAAUUGUGACUAGUAUUACUUACUUGACUAACACGUCUAUCUGUUCUUCUUCUUCUUCUAAUUACAACCAGGAAUGUCUUCUGAGAGAUUUUGGGUUCUAUAAUCAAUAACAAAACAAUCAGGUUUACUUUUCGGGUUUUC